AGAGAAGCAAUGGGAGUUGCUAGAGGGAAAAUGGAGACUUUAUUUCACGUUCUAAUUUCUACCUGCUUGGCCUUUGCAGUCUGCGGAGGGUUUCUGAUUCUCCAUGAGCGAAAACAGCAAUGUAUUUAUGAAAGCCACACAAUAGCACAAGUGGGAAACUGCAACUUCACCAAUCUAAACCAGCAUUGGAAAUGGAUGGAUGAGAAGCUUCUUCAUGUUAGAUCUGGCCAGUGUUUGGCUAUCACUAAGUCCUAUGCUGCACAUUCCCGCAGAGUGAUCAUUGUUAGCUGCUCUGAGUCGCCCAAGUGGACCUGUCAUAGCAAGGAAGGGCUCCUUGAGGUGAAAAACAGCUCACUGUUCCUCCAGAAACAAGGCUCAAAUGUAGUGGUGAGGAUGGGUAGGAAGUACCCCCAUAGUUGGAUAAAAUCUGAUGUCAACAAGAAGGGACAGCCUAUCCACGAAAACCUGUGCUCCACUAAAGAUUUCCAGAAUGGGGAAACUUUUGUUUGGAGCACUAGAAAUACAUCCCCUCCAUUGAAUUCUAUUACAUACAGCCCACAGAAUUUUCUUGGCACUAGUCCUGCGAUUUUCAUCAAAAAGGUUACAGAAAGCAACAAUAAAAACAUUGACAAACUCACUCAAAGCCAGAAUUUAUCUGGAGUGACGGAAAAACCUUGGUUUCCCACAACUAUCCCUCAGUUCUCUAGCACCACAGAACAGAGUGGUCUAGCAGCUCCAGUAAAAUGCACCAUCAACCAGACGGAGUGGAAGGUUUCCAGCCGGUCUGUCAAUCUCAGGUGGAGCAGCUUGGGGAACCCCUGUAACUUCAGCGUAACCUGCAGCUCCCACAAUGCCUUAUACAGGAUCUGCCAGCCCAUCCAGACGCCCAAUGGCUCCUAUGAAUGUGACUUCAAUGGCUUGGAAGCAGGGACUUUGUACUCUCUCUGGAUUGUCUCUCUGUCGGAUGGCGAAGCCAGCAACAUCACACUGCGGACAGAUCCUUUGCCACCUGCAAGAUUUGAAAUCAAAAAAGAAAAAAUCACAACCACCACCUUGCAGGUUUGGUGGAGCCCUUCCUUAGGAAAAGUAGAUCUGUAUGCGCUACAGUUAUUUGAUUAUAAUAACCAAAAAAUUCAGGAGAUCCAUGUGUCAGGAGGCAUUUCAGGAAACGAAGAGACAUUUGCUAAUCUCAUACCUGGCAGCAAAUACACUAUCUCUAUCAGUGCCAUUACCGGAACUAAAAACAGCCCCACUAUUGAUGUUAGUGGUUUUACUGUUCCGUCUCCAGCAGAAAACAUCCAGAUUUCUGUCCAGAUGGAAUCAAUCCAUGUUUCUUGGUCACCAGGAGUUGGGAAUGUGGAUCAAUACAGGCUGGUUUUGCUGGGCAAAGGCAGUCAACUUCAACAACAUGACCUAGAGAAACAUGUUUUAUCCUACAAUUUUUCAGGACUAACGCCAGGACAUCAAUAUAAUCUUACAAUCAUUACUAGAGCUGGGGGACUGGAGAACUACAAUUUUAGGCUAAUUAGGACUGCCCCAGCCAAAGUCUUAGAUUUGGUAGUAGCUAAUGAUGGCAGCUUGGAGACAUUAAAAACAGCAUGGAAGAGGCCGCCAGGGAACCUUGAUUUCUAUAAUAUCACUUUGUCUCAUCAUGGGUCUGUUAAAGAAAGGAAAACGUUACAGCCACAUGUCACAGAAGCAUACUUCGACAAGUUAAUUUCAGGAUGUCUUUAUCAGGUUGAUGUUCGCACAAUCAGUGGUGAAUUGUUUGCUGAAAAGACAGCAUAUGGCAGAACAGUUCCCCAGAAAGUUUCACAGCUCAAAGCAGUCAGCAUGGGUUGGCUAAGAAGCCUGAAAGUGAGCUGGUUGCCUCCUGGUGGAGACUGGGAGAGAUACUACAUUGUGGUGUUCGACCAUUCAACGGUGCUGCUGAAUUCUACAGUGCAAAAAGACAAAAGAGACUAUAUUAUCAAACAUGUACAGCUGGUUCCAGGAAAACAGUAUGAGGUGGCAGUUAUUGUAGAAAGUGGAGGUUUGCAGAACACUGCUCGCUGCAAAGGCAGAACAGAUCCAGAACCAGUUCUUCAACUCCGUGUAAAGCAUGCAAACGAAUCUUCCCUUACUAUCAUGUGGCUGCCACCUGAGUCUGAGUGGGAUGGUUAUCUGGUUUCACUUGGAGACAGAACACUUACAGUCAUAAACAAGGCUCUUCCUAAAGAAGCCAAGGAAUUCACUUACACUAACCUAUUACCUGGUCGAAAGUACACAGCUACUGUCACCAGCAUCAGUGGGGAUUUGACCAAUGGGACUUCCGUGGUAGGACGUACAGUUCCUGCUCAGGUGACAAGCUUGACUGUGGAAAACCAAGGGAUGACCAACAGCCUGUUUACCACCUGGAUAAGGGCACAUGGAGAUGUAGACUCGUACCAAGUGUUGCUCAUCCAUGAAAAUGUUGUCAUUAAAAAUGAGAGCGUUUCCAGUGACACCAACAGUUACCACUUCUACUCUCUGAAACCUGGAGGGCUCUAUUCUGUGGUUGUCAUCACUGUUAGUGGAGGCAUAUCUUCCAGACAAACAAUUGCAGAAGGGAGAACAGUUCCUUCCAGUGUAACCGGGGUAACAGUGAACAAUUCAGGGCGCAGUGACUACCUGAGCGUUUCUUGGCUGCCGGCUACUGGAGAUGUAGAUAGCUAUUUGGUAACGCUGUCUCAUGAAGGAAAGACGCUUCAGACUCUCACCACUGCAAAAUCUACCAGUGAAUGUUCCUUCAACACCCUCGUUCCUGGGAGACUCUACAAUGUGACAAUAACUACAAAGAGCGGGAAAUAUGAAAAGCAUUCCUUUAGUCAAGAGAGAACAGUGCCUUCAAGCGUCCAGGGAUUAACGGUGAGCAAUUCUGCAAGAAGUGACUAUUUAAAGGUGUCCUGGCUACAUGCCACGGGAGACUAUGAUAAUUAUGAAGUGAUCAUCAAGCACAACAAUGACUUCAUCCAAACAAAAACCAUCCCUAAGGAGAAAAACGAAUGUGUGUUCACUAACCUGGUUCCAGGGCGGCUUUACAGUGUGACUGUUAGCACAAGGAGUGGAAAAUAUGAAACUAGUGAAAGGGCCAGUGGAAGAACAAUUCCCGAAUCCGUAAAGGAUUUGACUCUUAGUGACAGAAGCACUGAAAAUCUGCAUGUUACUUGGUCCAAAGCUGAUGGGGAAGUCGAUCAAUAUGAGAUUCAGCUUUUCUUCAGUGACAGGCAGGUUUUCCCACCCAUUCGUCUUGAAAACACCUUUGAAGAGUUCCGUUUUACAUCUCUAACUCCGGGACGCCUUUACAAAAUUGUUGUGAUGACAAUAGCUGGAGAAACACAACGAUCCACUUUCAUAGAAGGAUUGACAGUUCCAAGUGCUGUCAAAAAUGUACAUAUUUCACCCAAUGGAAUGACCAACAGCUUGAAAGUGAAUUGGACUCCUGGAGGAGGAGAUGUUGAUUCUUACACAGUCACAAUACUCCAUCAUGAUCAUCCCCUUGAUUCUCAGACAGUCUUCAAGCAUGUGUAUGAGCACACAUUUAACAAACUAGAAGCAGGGGAUCAAUACAAGGUCAUUGUACAGACUAACAGUGGCACCCUGCACAACAAUUCAACAGCGCUUGGACGAACAAUUCCUGCCCCUGUUCGGGAAUUACACAUGGACAACCUGUACAGCAGCCACUCACUGGUAGUAACCUGGCAGAGCGCCGCUGGCAUAGCUGAACGAUACGACAUACUUCUGACCGAACAAGGCACCUUUCUGAGCAACAAAUCAGAGCCCGCAACUGCUAAGCAGCACAAAUUUGAAGAUUUAACACCAGGCAAGAAAUAUAAAGUACAAGUGUUGACAGUCAGUGGCGGUCUUUUCAGCAGCCAGGCAGAAACUGAAGGCCGGACAGUUCCGGCGGCUGUCACGAAUCUGAAGGUCACAGAAAGCACCACUGGGCGCCUGUCAUUUAACUGGACUGCUUCUCAGGGAGAGCUGGACAAAUAUGAUAUUUUCCUGUACAAUCCAGACAAGUCUCUUCAAGACAGAGUUUCAGGGGAACAAAGUCUCCAGCAGUACUCUUUCCAGAACUUAGUGCAAGGCCGGUUGUACAAAAUGGUGAUUGUUACCCACAGUGGCGAGCUCACUAAUGAAACAUCCAUCCUUGGGAGGACAGUUCCAGCUCCAGUUAACAGUCUCAGAGGAUCCAAUCGGAACAAGACAGAGAGUCUGUGGUUUAACUGGAGCCCUGCACUGGGAGAUUUUGAUCACUAUGAAUUAGAUCUUUAUAACCCAAAUGGCUCACAGAAGGAAGCACAUUUUGUUAAAAACGCGACAGAAUGGUGUUUCCGGGGCUUAGUCCCUGGCAGAAAAUAUGCUCUUGUUGUUGUUACCCAUAGUGGUAAGCUGACCAAUACAGCCAACGCUGAAGGAAGAACUGCACCAAUCCCUCCGAAUUCUGUAUCAUUUGCUGACGUCACAAAUACCUCCUUAUCCAUCACAUGGUUGGGGCCUCCUGACUGGACGGAUUAUGAUGACUUUGAGUUGCAGUGGACCCCAAGAGAUUCGCUCAGUGUCUUCAAUCCUUACAGCAGCAGCAAAUCCAAAGGGCGCAUUGUGUAUGGCCUCCACCCAGGACGACUGUAUGACUUCAGUGUCAUGAGCGUCAGUGGCCCCAUUCGGAAAACUUACAGUGAAUCACUGUCUGGAACCAUGAGGACAAGACCAGAUAAGAUACAAAGUUUGCACUGCCGACCACAGACGUCUACUGCCAUUGCAUGUUCCUGGGUCCCUCCUGACUCUGACUUCGAUGGUUAUAGCGUUGAGUGCAAGAAAAUGGAUACUGAGGAGAUUGAAUUCUCCAAAAGAAUAGAGAGAGAGAAAUCUGUUCUUAAUAUCAUGACCCUGGUGCCUCACAAAAGAUACUUGGUGUCCAUCAAAGUGCAGUCAGCCGAUAUGACCAGUGAAGUGGUAGAAGACAGCACCAUCACCAUGAUAGAUCGUCCUCCACCACCACCUCCACAUAUUCGAGUGAACAAAAAGGAUACAAUUAUCACCAAAUCUUCCAUUCACUUCACUUUCAACUGCAGCUGGUUCAGCGAUACCAAUGGAGCUGUGAAAUAUUUUACUGUGGUUGUAAGAGAGGCUGAUGACAAUGAAGAACUGAAGCCAGAACAAUCUCAUCCUUUACCUUCUUACUUGGAAUACAAACACAACAACUCCAUCCAAGUCUAUCAAACAGAUUAUUUUGCAAGUAAAUGCACUGAAAACCUGGACACCAGUUCAAGGAGCUUUGACAUUAAACUUGGAGCAGAGGUGGAAAAUCUGGGAGGAAAAUGUGAUCCCAAUCAGCAGAAAUAUUGUGAUGGGCCACUCAAACCCAGAACUGCCUAUAGGAUCAGUAUCCGGGCUUUCACUCAACUCUUUCGAGAUGACCUGAAGGAACUCCCUGAACCACUAUUCUCUGACACCUUUUUCUCCUUGCCAAUCACAACUGAGUCAGAGCCCUUAUUUGGAGUUAUAGAAGGGGUGAGCGCUGGUUUAUUCCUUAUUAUUAUGAUGGUGGCUGUCACCGCAUUCCUGGUCUGCAGGCGAAAAGUAAAUGGUGGUCAUGAAAGACCAACAGCAAGGAUGAGCAUUCGAAGAGACAGGCCCCUGUCAGUCCACUUGAAUCUGGGACCAAAAGGGAACCGGAAAACUUCCAACCCAAUAAAAGUAAAUCAAUUUGAAAUGCACUUCACUAACCUUCAAGCAGAUUCCAACUACCUCCUGUCCAAGGAAUAUGAGGACCUGAAGGAUGUGGGUCGAAACCAAUUGUGCGACAUAGCACUUCUGCCAGAAAACCGAGGGAAAAAUCGAUACAAUAAUAUACUGCCCUAUGACACAACACGAGUGAAACUUUCAAAUGUAGACGAUGAUCCAUGUUCUGAUUAUGUCAAUGCAAGCUACAUCCCAGGCAAUAAUUUUCGUAGGGAAUACAUUGCAACUCAAGGACCUCUGCCCGGCACAAAGGAUGAUUUCUGGAAAAUGGCAUGGGAGCAGAAUGUUCACAAUGUUGUCAUGGUAACCCAAUGUGUUGAGAAGGGACGGGUGAAAUGCGACCAUUAUUGGCCCUUUGAUCAAGAUUCCUUAUAUUAUGGAGACUUAAUAGUCCAAAUGCUAUCUGAAUCAGUGCUCCCAGAAUGGACAAUUAGAGAGUUUAAUGUUUGCAGUGAAGAGCAGCUUGAUUCUUCUAGACUUAUUCGUCAGUUCCAUUAUACCGUGUGGCCAGACCAUGGUGUACCAGAAACCACACAGUCUCUCAUCCAGUUUGUGAGAACUGUUCGGGAUUAUAUCAAUCGAACACCCCGUGCUGGACCAACCAUAAUACAUUGCAGUGCUGGUGUUGGUAGAACUGGCACAUUCAUUGCACUGGACCGAAUUCUUCAGCAGCUGGACUUAAAGGAUUCUGUGGAUAUUUAUGGGGCAGUGCAUGAUCUGCGGCUUCACAGGGUUCAUAUGGUUCAGACAGAGUGCCAGUAUGUAUAUUUGCAUCAGUGUGUGAGAGAUGUCCUAAGAGCAAGAAAGUUACGUAAUGAACAGGAAAACCCCUUGUUCCCAAUAUAUGAAAAUGUGAAUCCAGAGUAUCACAGAGAUGCUGUUUAUUCAAGGCACUAACGUUCUAACAGAUUCCUGCCUUUUGCAGUCAAAUCUGUUAGCAUUUUCUUUUAAAUUAAUUUUUGAUAUUGCAUGCACUACAAAAGUGCCAGACAUGACUGUUGAUGCUGUGUGUAACUUAUUGGUCUGGUGACUUUUUAAAAAAAAGAAAGCUAUAUAAUUUAAAUAUAAUAGAUAUUGUUGUAUAUAGAUGUACUUUGAUAUUAUGUAUAUAUGUAUUUUAUCUGUAAUGUUUAUAUUAAGCUUCAGAUAAUAUUAUUUUUCCAUGUGAAUGUUAUUUUAAUGAAUUCUUUGGUAUAAACUAUCUUG